AUGCUGAAAGUAGUUGUAAAACAAAAUUUUAGAUUUGAAGUCUGUUUCGAGGAUUGCAUCUGGCGACUCACUGAAAGUGACGGUCAAAUCGCUCUUGCCGAAGUGCAGAUUCGAAAUUUUCUUUAUACACGCACAGCACGUAUCGAUAAUUCCGGAGAGCACUUGUUGGAAAUUGGUACUGUGCAGGUGACGAACUUGCUUCCAGACACCAUAUAUAAGCAUACUUUGCAAGCGCAGAAUUCAUCGCGAACGAAAACAGAGAGACAACCCUCAAUUCGUGUUGUUUGUAGAGAAAUGGCACCAGUUGGCGGAAUUUCGUUGAAAGAGCACUUCGAAAUUAACGUUUUGCCGAUGACUGCUCAAAUUACAUAUCGCUUUUUCGAAAAAAUGAUGGGAUACUUCUUCCCGGGCCGUAACAUCGACAAAGAGGACCAGCGUAAUCUAGACACAGCAGAUGAGGCACAAAACACUCAGGGGGCAUCUGUACGGCAAUGGCUGCGAGGGGCGAUGAAUGGUUCAUUCCGGCGAACCAAUGAAACAAGUCAGCUGCGUGAUGAUAUCGAUCGAAUGAAGGAGCGAGCGCAGGAAAAUAACGUUUUCCUAUACAUUAAAAUUCCCGAAGUACCUUUUAUUGUUUCAUAUAAGGGAUAUAAAGAUAAAAAUAUUGAAGAUGUUGAUAGAUUUCAACUUGUUUUUCCGCUCUGUGAAUAUCAUGACAAAUAUUGGACCUGGCUAGAUCUUGCUUUGGCAAUCACACAGCGCUGCAGACGAGUGUUACUUCAGCAGGUCGAGCUUUUCUCUUGA